CGAUGGAGUUAUUUGUUAGCUAGUUGGACAACUGGUGUAGGAGCGGCUGCAACAUUGAUUUUAAGAAAGACUUCAAACGUGCUCAAGCCAGUCUAAAGUCAGGAUGGCCUCCGCAGAUUUUGAGUCGAAACGCAAAACAAUUCAAAGUUUCGUCCGAGCAUAUCCGGACUUUCCACAGCCAGGAAUCCUAUUCAGAGACAUCUGUCCCAUCUUGAGGGAUCCAGCUGCUCUGAAUACGGUGAUCGACCUGUUUGAAGAACAUGUGAAAAAGAACCACAUGAAGGUUGAUGUGGUCGUAGGUAUAGAUGCCCGUGGUUUCCUGUUUGGACCUUUACUUGCCCAGCGACUUGGGGUUGGCUUUGUUCUGGUCAGAAAGAAGGGCAAACUGCCUGGAUCAUGCGUCUCUGUGGCAUAUGAUCUAGAGUACGGCAAGGCAGAGGCAGAGGUGCAGGAGGACGCCGUGGCUGCAGGACAGAAGGUUCUGCUCAUCGACGACCUUCUGGCAACCGGAGGCACCUUGUUUGCGGCUGUGGAACUGAUGAAGAAGCUGCAGGCCGAGGUUCUGGGAUGCCUGGUGAUCAUUGAGCUAAAAGACCUGAAUGGCAGCGACAAGCUCAAACCGCACAGUGUGUUCUCUAUUAUUCAGUACUGAGGGGUUAGAAAACCUGGUGGUUCACUUAAAAGAGUAAACACUGGGUUUCAUAACAAUCAGGUCACAUGUCUUAUUAGCAUUAAAAUAAGUCAGCAACCACUAAAUCCUUUCUUUCAUGGUAAUUUUCACAACUUGU